CAAACCAUAGACCAACAACACACCUUUCACUUAUUGGGGGAGCUUCUGUUUUCUUUUACACUUCCAUUAAUGGCUACCAGAACAUUUUUUCUGAAUUUCUUCAUCAUUUCUAUUGUUCUUUUGACCCUGAGCUUCAAGCUCUCCACGGCUCAAAUGGUGCCGGCGGUGUUCGUUUUCGGCGACUCUCUUGUGGACGUUGGCAACAACAAUCACCUUCCAGUGUCUAUUGCCAAAGCAAAUUUUCCUCACAACGGUGUCGAUUUUCCGACCAAGAAAGCCACCGGAAGGUUUAGCAAUGGGAAGAACGCUGCAGAUUUUCUUGCCGAGAAGCUGGGGUUGCCCACUUCACCACCAUAUCUAUCCCUUUCAUCCAAGAAUGUCUCCGCCUUCAUGACCGGCGUCAGCUUUGCCUCUGGCGGUGCCGGGAUCUUCAAUGGCACAGAUGAAACUCUGAAACAAUCAAUGCCUUUGACACAGCAAGUAGGUGACUAUGAAAUGGUGUAUGAAGAGUUGGUGAAGAAGCUGGGAUCCUCUGCUGCACAAAAUUUGUUAACAAAAUCCCUUUUUGCUUUAGUGAUAGGAAGCAAUGACAUCUUUGGUUACUCAAAUUCAUCAGAUCCCAACAAGAGCACUCCUCAAGAAUACGUAGACUUGAUGAUUCUCACAUUAAAACAACUAAUAAAGAGAAUUUAUGGGCAUGGUGGCCGCAAGUUUUUUGUUUCUGGGAUUGGCUCAAUUGGAUGUACUCCAUCACGUAGAGUCAAGACCCAGAACCAAACUUGCAAUGAAGAAAUUAAUUCUAUGGCUGUCAUGUAUAAUCAAAAGCUGAGAUCAAUGUUGCAAGCAUUGAAUUCAGAACUCCAGGGCGUUUCUUACUCCUACUUUGACUCGUAUUCCAUUUUCGAAAAUAUCAUUCAAAAGCCAUCUACUUAUGGGUUUACAGAAGUAAAAGCUGCCUGUUGUGGGCUUGGAACCCUGAAAGCUAAUGUGCCGUGUUUACCAAUUGCUACGUAUUGCUCUAACAGAAAAGAUCAUGUGUUCUGGGAUUUGUUUCAUCCAACAGAAGCCACUGCUCGUAUUCUUGUAGAUACUCUUUUUGAUGGGUCAUCUCAGUAUACAAUUCCCAUGAAUGUGAGGAAGUUGGUAACCAUUUAAGCUUUAGAAACUUGAGUUGCUGCAACAAAAGUAACAGAAAUGAUUGAUGAAUAGUUAGCAUAUAUACAUGUAUACGAGGAAGCUCCUCAGGCAGUGUUGUUGUUACCAUUUGGGUCAAAGUAAUGCAGAAAACAACAACCAAAAAAAAAAAAGAAAAACCUUUGAAUUGUUCAA